AUGGAAGUCCUGCUAGGAAUAACGGGCAAGGACUUUGUUAUAGUCGCCGCCUCAAAAGCUGCCAUGCGUGGCGCCUCUAUCCUCAAAUCCAACGACGACAAGACACGACCACUUAACAAACACAAUCUACUUGCUUUCUCGGGCGAGGCAGGAGACACGAUACAAUUCACAGAAUACAUACAAGCCAACAUUGCGUUGUACAGCAUGCGGAACGAGACAGACCUUGGUCCAAGUGCAGUAGCGAGUUUCAUCAGAUCAGAGCUGGCUAAGAGUCUGAGAAGUCGGAAGCCAUACAACGUGAAUCUGCUGCUAGGAGGUGUUGACCCAAUCUCGCGAGAGCCCAGUCUGUACUGGUUGGACUAUCUGGCGAGUAGUGCUAAGUUGCCAUAUGCGGCCCAUGGUUAUGCACAAUACUAUUGCCUAUCGAUCUUGGACAAGCAUCACCAUCCAGACAUCUCUUUUGAUCAGGGUAUGCGCAUCCUACGCAUGUGUACGGACGAGCUGCAAAGACGACUACCGAUCGACUUCAAAGGGAUGACAGUGAAAGUGGUUAAGAAAGAUGGUAUCCAAGAGGUUGAGUACGACACGAGCAAGCAGGUAUUGAGUGCUUAA